CUGUUGGAUAUGGACAAGGAAUGGAAGGAGGAAUGGAUCAGCUGGGUGAAAUCCUACGUACAAAAAGGUACAAUGAUGUGUUUUCUUGCUUUUGCUGUCUUUUAAAAUUUAUUCGAAUUGUUAAAAAAAAUCCCUUAUGGAUAAUAAUGUAGGUACAUUUAACAAGCAUUUUGGGAAUUAUGGUGAGAUAACUGAUUCAGUGAUAAUGAAAGAUAGGUACAGUGGACACCCUAGGGAUUUCGGAUUUAUUACAUAUGCUGAUCCUUCAGUUGUGGAUAAGGUCAUCAAAGACGCAUAUAUCAUCAAUAGUUUUGAUGUAUUCCCCAAGUUUCAGAGGGGUUUCAAGAAGAAGCCAGUCACCUGAUCAAGAAAAAUCAAAACCGGUAAUUGGUAACUGAUCUUCUUAUCUUCUUUUAUGUUAUGAGAUCAUUAACAAAUAAUGAAGAUUCAUUUGGACUAUGCCAAUUUUUUGUGGGUAAACUACGAUAUUUUUCUCGUAUGCAAAGGUCUAAUUGCCAACACUUGAGGGUGUUAGCUGGAAUAAUUUUUUUUGUUAUCAGCUAUAUUGCUGCUUACAUGUUGCCAUGGAAAUUAUUGAAACCGUUGAAAGAAUUUAGCGAAUGGUUGGAUGCUUGAUGAGUGUAGUAGUGAAAAUGAAUGUUUUUUUGGGAGACCAUUAAGGAUGAUGCUUUGUUUCAGAGGAUUUUAGGGAAAGUUGUAUUAAUUUAUUUUUCCUGCAACACUGUUGUUGAAAGUGGUUUGGUUAAACAUAUGUAGCCAAUUCAAAUUAAGAAUACCAGUUAUUA